CAUGGAGGGAGCUGCACGAAAUCGGCGCAAAGUGCCGACAGGCUGAGCAGACGAGAUGGUAGGGGCAGCGAAAUAGCAUCGAGCUGGCGACCUGGAGUCAGAAUGUCGUUGGCGAACCGCGGCAGAAGUGAUGACAUCUUGACGGGAGGAGCUUCUCUGGAAGUAACCGCAGGAAUUAGAAACACACCGUCACAGAUCCGCCGCGAGGAGCAUGCAGUCUGUGACACGGAGCCAAACUGGUUGUCAAGCAGUGGGCAGACGACCAGUGCAGCGGAGGGAGCUGCCCCUACCCCGCGACCCACCAGGACCGCCGCCCUGCAGACCGCAGGCCUCACGCAGCCUGCGGGCGGGGUGUGCUGUGAAGCCUGCAACGCGCGACUGGUCGAGCUGAAAAAGCAAGCGCUGCGCCUGAUGAUGCUCUACUCGAAGGCCUACCAGCAAAAGAUCGGCGCAGUAACAAAGGACUCCGGGGCAGUGACCAGUCAGGUGCAGGACACGCUGCAGGUUCCCGAGGCACACCUGCACGCCCUCGUCGACGGCUGCUGUACGGUGUGCAGCACUCCUGUCGAGUUCCUCAAGGGAGAGGCGGUGGCGAUGGUGCAGUCGCUCGAGCAGCCCGCCGAAGCUACUAAAGAUGCGAGACAUCUCGCCGGCAUCGUCGCCUCCCGUAACAUGGCGACCCUGACAAAAAAUCUACCCGUUUCAACGACGAGCCUGGCUCAGCCGAGGGUGAGUAGCGUCGAACAAGGAGCCACACAGCGUGUGAUGACGGAGCAGGUGAGCGCCAAGCGAGUUGUUCUGAAGCCCAACCCUCAAGUCAGCAGCGCCCUGCAGCAGCAAGCGCAGAAAUACCUGGAAAAGAAUGUCAUCGCGUGGCUGACACCACAGAGGAUGUACAGAGAGAUAAUCAACUCGUCUUCCAAUGGCCUCUCUGAGACGGCACUACACGAGCACAACAUGAGUCACUCUCGGCUGCCGGUGCCGCACGCUCGCUCGUCGGCCGCACACGCGACCAGCAGCGCCCUCCCGCGGGCCACCGGCGCGACGCGCUCGUUGUUCGCUCAGUCGGGAGGACUCGGUGCGUCGCCUCGCUCCGUCUCGCAGGGCCACGCGCAGCCGCCGCCACACUGCUCCACGCCGAUACCUCCUCUCGCCGGCCCGCCAGGUGGCGCUGCGGCGGCUCAGCUGCAGGGACAACAAGUGUCGUACGUCGUGCGUGGAGCGUACGCCGGCGGCGGCGUGAAGUCGCACGCCGGCUCCGCGGCCGCGCCACACUCCUACGCGCAGACGCACGCGCCGGCCGGCGUUCUCCACCCGAGUAAAGCGCACGCCGGCUUCCACUCGAGUCCCGCGCACGAGGCGGCGCCACCGGCGCACGGUUCGCUCCAGCAGGUGGCGCCGCAUUCGGGUCUUCCGGUGUCGCACGUCGCCGCCGCCGCCGCCGCGGGCUCGCAUGGCAGUGCGCACCUGGUCUACAGUCACACGCUCAGCGGACACCUGUCGCGGAUUCCGCAUUCCGGCAGUUCUGGAAUCCAGGCGCCGUCGUCGCGCGCCUACUACGCUGUCAUCAGCGAGUGCUGCAACCUUGCAAGCUCCCCGACUGAAGAAAAUCAGAAAUCAAUGCGACCAUAA